AUGGUUCGUUGCUGGCCCCGCCGCUCCAAGAAGAGCGCCGCCGAGAAAUCGGCAAAGAGUGGGUCCGCUACCUCCCUCACCUCCGGGUCCACCGCCGCCGACAAGUCGAAGACGGAGCAAGCAGAGGUGAAGAAGGAGGAGAAGAAGGAGGAGGAGAAGAAGGAGGAGAAGACAGAGGAGAACAAGGAAGACAAGAAGGAAGACAAGAAGGAAGACAAGAAGGAAGAGGACAAGACAGGGGAAAAGACAGAAGAGAAGAAGGACGAGGAGAAGAGCGAUGAGGACAAGGAGGAGGAGGAGAAACCCAAAGUUCAAGUAGGGAGCAUCAGUCAAAGGAAGGACAUCUACAAGGGUCCAGUGGAAGAUGGAGAGUGGACCUGGGUCGACAAGUAUCCAGAUGGUGUCGAGGAGGCUGCUGAGAAUGAGGAGACGGCCACCUACGCUGUCGUUGUCCGCAACAUGAAGAGUCAGGACAGCCGCAAGAAGCUGGAGGCGCACAGCAUCGUGGUGCAGAGCCCAUGGCUCCGCGAUGCUCUCUCCGAGAUCAUGGCCGACUAUCCCGGUGUUGCCUGCGAGCUCAGCCGGCUAGAGUUUGAGGCGCCUUUCAAGCCCUUUGUUCACCGAUGGGCCGAGUUCACCAAGUACAUGGAGAAGCCCGACCUCGAGGAGAAGACCAAGGAGCACAUGAAGAUCCUCUACGACAUCCUCAACUACGAGAUCGGCGACAACAUCAAGACUUUCCAGGACUAUGUCAAGAAUGGUGUUGUCUGCUUCAAGGAUCUGUGGAUGAUCUUCCAGCCCGGAACCAUUGUCCUCUCUGCCUACCUCGGUCCCAUGUCCGGCUUCGAGAUGGUAGAGACCGAGUACAUGGCCAACAACUGCGGCAAGUUCCUUCAGGUCCGUUGCGACUGUGUCGACUAUGGCGGCAAGGAAUUCGGCCGCUACCAGGAGGCCAUCAACAUCCCUGAAUUCCUCGGCACUAAGAAGAUCACCGGUCUCAAGGUUUACCCCUUCCACUUCCACGAGAAGAAAGAGGAGAUCACCGCCCAGCUUCUCAAGCGUGGAACCAUCUUCGAGAAGCUGGCUGGUCACCACUAUAGGGAAUACUCUGGACGCGCCAUUACUUGGAACAGAGAAGGCAACGAGGUCGACAUCCAGAUUACUGGGAGAAUCGUGGUGGAUAUCGAAAGCUUCAACCGCUUCAGCCCUUGGCGGGUGAGGUACCUCAAUGACUUCAACGCUACCGACAUCGAGCGCUUCAACAAGCACAAGGUCGAGAGCGGCAUCGAGUCCGAGGAAUUUGUCAUGCCUGACUACUACAAGAUGCUCUGCCGUUCGCGAACCCGCGGGUACAGUCUGAAGUACAAGAAGUGGGUCGACUUUUUCCUGGAACAGAUCACAGACGUGAGAUGGAACACUACUGCCUUUGACAGGCUGGUGCUUCCCGCCGACCAGAAGGAGCUCAUCCUGUCCUUCACCGAAGCCCAGCUCGCGGGUGACAGCUUCGACGAUAUCAUCGCCGGCAAGGGCAAGGGCAUCAUCUGCCUGCUCUCUGGUCCUCCUGGUGUUGGUAAGACGUUGACAGCUGAGGCCGUGGCGGAGAACCUCAGGGUGCCACUUCACAUGCUGAGCUCUGGUGAUCUUGGGUCUGAUCCAUGGGAGGUCGAGAGGGAGCUGAACUCCAUCUUGGAGUUGGUCUCGAGAUGGAACGCCGUCUUGCUCCUCGAUGAGUGCGAUGUCUUCCUCGAGGCCCGCAGCAACCACGAGAUUGAGCGCAACAAGAUCGUCACCAUCUUCCUCCGGACCUUGGAGUACUAUGAGGGCAUCAUGUUCCUGACGACUAACCGCUGCGGCGAGAUCGAUGCGGCCUUCCAGUCGCGUAUCCACGUGAGCAUCGAGUACCCUGAUCUUACGGUGUCUGCUCGCAAGAUCAUCUGGAAGAACUUCCUCCGGAACUCGACCAUCAAGAGCAACCUCACUGACAAGGACAUCAGUGAGCUUUCCGAGCUCAAGCUCAAUGGUCGCCAGAUCAAGAACGUGCUCAAGACGGCAAGCUUGUUGGCCAGGAGAAGGAAGAGCGACACCUUGGAGCGGCAGUUCAUUGAGACGGUCCUCAUCAUUGAGAAGAAGCGGCCUGGUGCUCCUCAGCAGAUGAUGCACUACAUGUAA